AUGACGGCCAAGAAGCGUCACGUCGACGCGAUAGACUUGACCCAAGAUGAAGGAAGUUCACGUCCAGCCAAGGUUGGUCGGAGUCCACAGCCUAGGUUUUCAGGGAACAGCAUGAACGCGGGGCAGCGCUUUGGGCAAGACACUGCUUUUGUUCCCCUCAGUCAGGCCGAUUCGAUUCGAUUCAGCCAGCUUGAUGAUGAUGAUGCUGGUGCCGACGACCUCGUCCAGAGCACCCAGAACGCCGAUGACUUCAACAGCAUCAGUGAUUCUGAAUUCCUAACCGACCUACCCACCAAGAUUGUCGGAGUACAAUAUUACCGGGGGUUUGCUACUUUGGGUGAACACGUUACAGUCAAGAGAGAACCUCAGAAUCCAUAUGACUCGAAUGCUAUUCGCGUAUUGAAUGUCAUGGGUCAACAAAUUGGCCAUAUCCCCCGUACUGUAGCGUCAAAACUGGCAAAGUAUAUGGAUGAGAAAUGUGUGAUGGUCGAGGGCAUUCUCACUGGCGUCAUUGGUACUUAUGAUUGCCCCCUCAAACUCAGACUUUACGCAACCCGAAACCCGGUUGAGCAAGAGGCGCUGAAGCGUCGAAUGAAGCAAGAUAGAUUUCCAGUUCAGAUCAGACCGCCCAAUCGCGCAGCAGAAGCAGAGCGUGAUCGGAUACGCAAAGAAGCCAUGAAACGGGGCAAUGCAGAGGAGGCUGGCCGGCAGGACUCGUAUACCCAGGCUGGCCGUUCUCAGGAAGCCAUCAAUCCUGCAACUCUCGAAGACCUCAUCAACCAGAGCAGCACCUUCAAUCCUCGUCAAAUGGGACAAGCAGUCGAAAAAUUCGGCAUCAAUGAAUCCGACCUGGCUAGCAUGCCAAUGGCUGACACCCCGUCCAGUAUGAAGACCCAGCUACUUUCAUAUCAGCGUCAGGGCCUCGCGUGGAUGCUGGCCAAAGAGGCGCCCUCUCUUCCAGAGCAAGGUUCUCCUGGCACUGUACAGCUUUGGAAACGGGAGGGCAUUAGAUAUAAAAAUAUUGCUACCCACUUUGCUACCUCUCAACCCCCAACGCUUGCAAGUGGAGGUAUUCUAGCAGAUGACAUGGGCCUGGGCAAGACCAUUCAAAUUAUCUCGUUAAUAAUGGCCAAUUCAAAACCUAGGAACCCCCAAUCUUCGUCGAUUACUCUGAUAAUUAGCCCUGUUGGCGUUAUGAGCAACUGGAAAGGCCAAAUCGAGGCUCAUGUGAAACCAGAGCAUAUCCCGAAGAUACUUGUCUAUCACGGAACGAAUAAAAAAGGUGCAAAUUUGAGUGGGUAUGACGUUGUCAUCACAAGCUAUGGAGCACUAGCUUCAGAAUAUACGCAGUCUGACGGGCCUCCUGUUAAACGUUCUUCUGGACUUUACUCCGUUAAUUGGCGUCGUGUUGUGCUUGAUGAAGGUCACACCAUCCGAAAUCCUCGAUCAAAAGGCGCCCUCGCCGCUUACAAUCUACAAGCCGACUCCCGCUGGACGCUGACUGGAACUCCUAUCAUCAACUCACUCAGAGACCUCUACUCGCAGGUCCGUUUCCUCAAGCUCUCCGGCGGGCUAGAUGACCUUGCCAUGUUCAACGCCGUCCUUAUCCGCCCUCUUAGCCAAGGUGAUCCAGAUGGUGUUUACCUUCUCCAAGAAAUGAUGGCAGCGAUUUGUCUACGACGGCGUAAGGACAUGGAGUUUAUCAACCUACGGCUUCCUCCUUUGAAAUCUCAUGUUCUACGCAUCAAAUUUCAUUCUCACGAGCAAGAGAAAUAUGAAAUGUUUCAAGCCGAAGCGAAGGGAAUGCUCAAUCAGUAUCAGACUAAAGGCAGCGGGGGACCUACCUACUCGCAUAUUCUCGAAGUCCUUCUUCGAAUGCGUCAGGUGUGCAAUCAUUGGGCACUGUGCAAGGACCGUGUGACCAAGUUGACGUCUAUGCUUGAACAACACAAAGUUGUGGAAUUGACACCAGAGAACGUAAAGGCACUUCAGGAACUUCUACAACUACGGAUUGAAAGCCAAGAAACAUGUGCAAUCUGUCUUGAUAAUUUGGAGCAACCUGUCAUUACUGCUUGCGCACACGCUUUCGACAAAGCAUGUAUUGAGCAGGUCAUCGAGAGACAGCACAAAUGUCCAAUGUGUCGUGCCGAUAUUAAAGAUGCAAACAAUCUGGUUUCACCAGCUACCGAAAUGGGCGAAGAUAUGGGAGCUGACAGCGUGGACCCCAAUGCAACCAGCAGCAAGGUUGACGCCCUUAUCAAGAUAUUAACCGCCAAAGGCCAAACAGAGGGAACCAAGACUGUGGUAUUCAGCCAAUGGACUUCAUUUCUUGAUAUUUUGGAACCCCAUAUCAAGCGCCACGGAAUCCAGUUUGUCCGCAUUGAUGGCAAACUGAACUCAAAGAAACGAGACCAAGCCAUCACCGAGUUUUCCAAUGAGCCAAACUGCACGGUUUUGCUUGCUAGUCUUAAUGUGUGUAGCGUUGGCCUCAAUCUUGUGGCUGCAAGCCAAGUUGUCCUGUGCGACAGUUGGUGGGCUCCUGCUAUUGAAGACCAAGCCAUGGAUCGAGUCUAUCGACUCGGCCAGACGCGUGAGACUACCAUCUGGCGUUUGGUUAUGGAAGGAUCUAUUGAAGAUCGUGUCAUUGAGAUUCAAGAGAACAAACGUCUUCUCUCGAUGACUGCACUCAGUGAAACCGAAAACAAAAAGAAAGGUCAACACACAGCCGCUAGGCUUGGUGACAUUGAAAAGCUACUGCGUUAG